UCAGCAUCAUCACCUCCGCAAUAAAUAUCCUGAGAUUCACGAGCUCAGACACAGAGACACGGAGGAGAUCCGGAGAGACGCUUUAGUUCGGAUUAAGACGCAUUCACGCGCGCUGAAGAGGAAGCGGAGUACGGCGCACUUGUUUCGGGAGGAGAGAAACCUUCAGGUCAACAUGAAUUUAUUGCUAAACCUGAUGCUGCAGCUUCUAACUGCUCUGUGCUGUGCUGCAGAUCCCACAGUGCUGAAUAUCAGACAGAAGAGAGGCACGCGCACAUAUAGAGACGCUUGUGUGGACGCUAAUUCGGCUGCGGUCAGAGACACUGGGGCGACGUGGCUGCGAUGGAAGGGUCAGAAAGUUGAAUUCUGCCGCUGCGCCGUACGAGGAAGAGUACGCUGUCAUGAGAUACCAGUGACCAAAUGUUUCGUGUCUAAGUGUUAUAAUGGAGGGACGUGUAAAGAAGCCGUUUACUCCAAUGACUUCAUCUGCCUGUGUCCGCCCGGGUUUACAGGAACACAGUGUGAAAUCAAUACAGCUGAGCGAUGUUCCAGGGGUCAGGGGUCGGGUUACCGUGGCACCCGGAGCAUGAGCAUGUCAGGACUGGAGUGUAUUAACUGGAAUUCCAGCUCACUCCGAGGGAAGAAAUUCACUGCCAGGAGACUAGAGGCAAACACACUGGGACUGGGAAAUCACAACUACUGCAGGAAUCCAGAUGGAGACACUAAACCAUGGUGUUACGUUUAUAAAAAGGCUCAGAUCUCAUGGGAGUUCUGCUUUUUACCGACCUGCAUAAUCGACCCCUAUCUAGAGUGCACACGGGGAUCAGGUCAGACCUACAGAGGGACAAAAGCCGUCUCACGCAACGGUUUGAAGUGUCUUUCGUGGGAUUCACCCGCAGUGUCUCGUAAGAUCUACAACGCAUGGAGGUCCGACGCCAGAGAGAUGGGCAUCGGCAGCCACAACUUCUGCAGGAACCCGGAUGGUGACCUCGGCCCCUGGUGUCACGUCUAUAAAGGGUCUCAGUUGACCUGGGAGCUCUGUGACGUCCCUAAGUGCCCGAGGAAAACUCCAUCAAUCACCACACUCGGACCACGAGCCCCUAUAACCACCAACAAUCAAGGCUCCUGCGGGCAGCGCACUGAAGCUCCUUCAAACUCUCUGCCCAUGUUCAGGAUUCGUGGAGGUCAGGUCAGUGAUAUCCGAGAGCAGCCGUGGCAGGCCGCCAUCACCGUCUAUCUGCCACGCGCCAAAUCAUACAACUUUCUGUGCGGCGGCGUCCUCAUCGACUCCUGCUGGAUCCUCUCCGCCGCUCACUGCUUUCAAGAGAGAUUUGACGAGAAGCGUCUUCGAGUGGUUCUGGGCCGAACCUUCAGGCUUCAGAACUCCAGCAGCGAGCAGAUCUUUGACGUGGAGAAAUACUGGAUUCAUGAGCAGUACGACGACGAGACGUAUGACAAUGAUAUCGCUCUGCUCAAGUUGAAGAGCGAGUUCGGUAUCUGUGCCCUUCACUCUCCAGAAGUUCUGCCUGCAUGUUUACCAGAACCAAACCUGGCUUUACCGGAUUGGACGGAGUGUGAGAUCUCUGGUUACGGAAAAGAGGAAGAGUUUUCUCCGUUUUACUCGGAGCGAAUUAAGCGUGGUCUGGUGCGCUUGUGGCCGCAGGAACAGUGUGUCCCAGAGAAGCUGUCAGGCCGUCUGGUCACUCCAAACAUGGUGUGCGCCGGAGACACUCGCGGCCUGGACGACGCCUGCAAGGGGGAUUCAGGCGGCCCUCUGGUGUGUCCCAAAAACGGCAGGAUGACUCUGAUGGGUUUGAUCAGCUGGGGCGACGGCUGCGGGAAGAAAGACACGCCUGGCGUUUACACGCGUGUCACAAACUACACAAACUGGAUCUCCAGCAAGAUGAGAGCGAACUGAGACACGAACGAACAUCAUUCACACAAAAUACAGCUACUGUCGGGUACGAAAAAUAAGGUGAUGGGGAAAACGGCUCGCAUUCACUGAGCUUCACGCCUACUGGACUCUACAUUUGACCUGCUGUGGGUUUGAGUGGCAUUUAAGGAGGAGACGUGGGAAUGCGAGACUGAUGCUGCGAGUCGGUCAUUGCCGGUCAUGUUGCACACAGGACAAGAAAUCUGAAUCCAAGGACUGUUUUUAAUAUACAACACACAACGUGGCCUUCAAUUUUCAUCCUUCAACAUGAGAAAGGGUGCAAAAGUGCAAACUCUCAUGCACAAGAUCUUUUAAAAGUACUUCAUGUUUUAAAGUGAUAAUGAAUUUAGAGACACUUCUGCUUUGCUUUUAAAUAGUGAAGAUGUGAGCGAGCGACUGAUGGCACUUUUGAAUGUUAUGUGACGCUUAUUAAUGCUUGUCAUGACGUUAAAUCAUAGUUAUUUUUAACACUAAACAUCUGCUGGGUCAGAGGGUCGUUCAUUUUGGUGGUCAGUGUUGCUGCGUUGAUCCAAACACAUUCAUUUGACUAUUUAAUACGACUUGUUUGACUGCAAAAUGUCUUUGGCAACCCAGAUCUAAUAUUAUUACGGACUUGAAAUGUUGGGAUGCAUAGUAAGUUAAUAUUUAACAUCUUUUAUACACUUUAGCAGCUAGUGCUAAAUUAUUGUUGUUUGUUUUUAUACGGUAAUUAUUUUUGCACGACUUUUUAUAAAUCGUGAAAUGGAAACUGUUGCUUGUCUUCUAUAUGAAAAAUACUUCAGAUUUUUUUUUUCAGCGAGUGUUUUGUGAAUUCUCACUGUCUAUUUAGUCAAACUGGAUAACGGGUGAGAGUGAUUUUAGGAAAAACUGAGAGAGUUACAAAAUAAGAGUCAUUUCAGGAGUCUUGCAGCAAAAGCUCAUUUCCUUGUGUUUAUUUCCUUAAAUGAAAGCAUGCUCUGUAAGUCUGGGAGAAUGUCCUAAAAAGUCUGAACUAAUUGAAACCGUGGGUGAUUAAAAAAUAUUUUAUAAAGCCAUCUCACACUGGUGUCUGGUCCUGAUGAAGCAGUCUGGUCUAAAAUAAGAUUCUCUUCUCAUAGUUGAAUGGGUUUCAGAGGACAGUGGAGGCCAAACUCUGACAAAAUCUGGUAAUUGGUCUCCAUAUUUCCCAGAAAAACUCGGAAACCGUUGCUCAGUUCUCAGAGAAAUCAUUCAUGCAACAUUUACUGAACAAACUGCAGCAGCAGCAAACACACUGAGCACUGACGAUCACAAAACCCAACAGAAUGACAGUUUUAGUUGUUUGCUUGUGUUUGUUUUAUGUUUGGGUUCAUAAGAGCUCUUCCUCAUAAUUUCGGUGCGAUCAUCAUACACAAAUCUCAAAAACAGAGAAAUUAAGACAAUGUUAAAACAGCAGCAGCAGCAGCAGAUUCCCUUCCACAGAAGAACUACAUUAGAGCAUAUAAGCAAUAAAUCUGGGGUUUCCUUACACAUUCUUUCCAUAGUUUAAUUCACACAUACACAGAAACACGGAUUUUUGUUGAACCAUCAACAAAUAUAAAAUAGUAAAAGUUUUAUUCAUGCACUUAUUCAUGUCUGUUCCUCUUUCUGAUUUCUGACUCGAUCCUAUUGUGA